GCCCCAUAGAUAUCAGACAGGGUUAUGCUAGCGGUAGCCCUUUCCCUUUUGCUUAUUCUCCCUUCAUAUCUUCUGGAACCAGCUACCCUUCUCGUUUCUCGCCGAGAUAAAGCAACGGACAAGUGGCCAGCGGCGACUUACAGUACCUCAUUUCCCAGACUACGUAGGACCCAGACACGGCAGGUGAAUGGUGAACUGGACGGAUCCCGGUGUCAUCUCGAAAUGCAGCAGUAUUGUAGAACACACUAAUUUCAUAUGCCUUGGUUUGUACAUGUGGGAGUACGCAAGAUCAUGGCAAGUUGAACUUGCUUUGAUUUGCAGACGCAUGCAGCCUCGAUGGCCUCUGCUGCCGUACAUCUCCGGUCGCAUUCUUCUUCUGAUGUCCAUGGUUAUGAUUUGCUGGCUCAGCUCCCCGACUUCCCAGAACGCGGAUUGCCACAGCGCUUUUUUGGCCUUUGCUUUUGCAGGAAAUGCAUCCAUUGGUUGUUCUUCCUUGAACUUAAUGUUACGGCCAUUCUUAAUCUGGAGAGCAUUCAAAUGUAUCCGUAUAUUUCUGGUAUUAGCCACGGUUGGCCACUGGAUCAUCCUGCUGCGGGUAAUGAUCUCCUUCUCCGUCAUGAAAGUGAACGGUAGCUGUGGCUUCAUGGUCGUUGAUCAUACUGAUAUGAUCGCUAUGUUUGUCUACACGAUGGGUUAUGAUAUACUGGCGUUUGCUUUGACUAUAAUCGGCCUUCGAAAUACGCCAUCGUCUAAUGCAAUGUGGAGAACAUUGCGCAAACAGGGGAUAACAUAUGUCUUGGUCACCUGCUUGGCAAAUAUCAUACCAUCGGUUGUGGCUUCGUUGAAUCUGAAUCCUUCCAUGAAUGUUGUAUUUGCGAUGCCAGCAUCUGCCGUCAGUACUAUCGCAUCGAGUCGAAUAGUUGUUGCUUUCCUGGACGUACAGUCGAGUACCUCUACGGAAGAGACAAGUAGUCGAGAUGUGCCACUUACUACCAUGCUGACACUGCCCAGUUCAUCCUAUAUGGAUGCCCAUGACUUUGUAUGAUGUUUGGGACAAAAUCGAUCCCCGUCACAGAGCUUGCCACACAGACCAGGUUUGGGGAUAGUGAGGAAACCGCAUCAGUAGUGAUAUGGACUUCACCUCUUUCUCAUGCGCUAGACUCCCUUUUUAUUUAUUUAUAUUCAGCGAUAUUAUUGAGAUACUGAGUUCGCGAAAGAGUUUUUUGCU